GUUGCUAGCUCUUCGGCUCAAAACAUUCAGUUCCCAAGACCUCAGAGAUGAUGCACCUGUAUAUGAUCCUCUGUGGAGUAUUUCAUCUGUCAGCUGUGAUCCACUCGGCAACAGUCAAACAAGACACUGGCGUUGUAUCAGCCAGUGUUGGGGACAAUGUGACUUUACGUUGCUUCUAUGACAGCCAAGUGGCCAUGCACUUCUCCUGGUAUCGACAGACCUUAGGAGGCAGACCUGAACUCAUGUCUACUAUUUACAAGUACGAUCAACCAUCCAAAGUCUUCCACUGGUUGGAGAAGAACCCUCGUUUCUCUGUGCACAGGGAGCAAGGGAUGAAUCAUUUACACAUCGCUGACAUUCACCUCUCCGAUUCAGCUACUUAUUUCUGUGGAAGCUCACACUCCAACAUGUUGGAAUUUGGAGAGGGGGUCUUUCUAAGUGUCGAAGAAUCCAGACUCCAGGAAAUUAUCCAAGGGCCAGCAUCUGAGACCAUCCAGCCAGGAGGCUCUGUGACUUUCAACUGUACAGUGAACACGGGGACCUGUGAUAGAAAACGCAGUGUUUACUGGUUCAGGCAUGGAUCUCGUCAUGGAAUCAUUCACACACACGGGGAUCAGUGUACACGUGUCUCCACACCAGGGGUUCCUUCACAGGGCUGUGUGUACCACUUGCAGAGGACGAACCUGAGCGCCUCUGAUGGUGGGACCUACUACUGUGCUGUGGCCUCCUGUGGGGAGAUACUGUUUGGUAAUGGAAGCAAGCUGCUCAUUACAGAUAAUGAGGACCAAAAACUAAGAAUAUUGGUUUGGCUCUCCAUCAUUAGAGCUGGGAUUCUCUUCUUCUUUCUAGCCGUUUGUCUCUUGAUGUACAUCAAUAAAAGAAAGUGAAGUCCUUAACACUCAGUUUAACUCUCUUUGUUUAAAAUAUUAUCUCAUCUUAAUACUUCUGUUACAGUUCAAAAGUAUCAUACAAGUGAAAUGCCACUGGUAGAUACAAAUGAUUUAUUUUUUGGCUGCAUUAAUCUCUCUGCUUAAUUAAACUGUGCAUUUGGCUAAAGUGUUGUACUGCUUGUUUCAUUCAGUGUCAUUAUUUCUUAAGAGGAUGAAUACCAGUUCAGAUCUAUGGAAAUGUAAUCUCUGCAUUAGCAUUAGUCUUUCUGUACAAGCCCAAUGUCAAGUAAUUUCAGUGACUCCACCUCGUGCUGGGGCAGGACCACAAGGGGUUGACACACUAAACCCCUUUCUGACACAUGUGCAUGUCAGAAAAAUGCUGCUUUGUUGGUUAAGAGACCAAAAAUAAUUGAAAAAGAAACACCGCAUCAAAAAAAUAAAUCCAACUGCUGAAGCUGUGAGAAUACCUCAGCGCUAUGCUCGCCUCAAAUCUUUUGUCUGAUCAACCUAUAACCAUGAAUUUAGGUUUUGCUAACCACACUGCUACAUAACAUCUGUGAUUUAUGGCCACAAGCUGAGUGUGAACAGAGAGACACACAAAAAUAAACACACUGUGUUGUGGAACAUCAAUGAGCUUCUGAACACAGAGUUCGAUCACAAAAAUAACUUCCUGUUUCUACUGAAAGUUGUACAGGCGGAGUUACAUUUUUCUUUGCAGAAAAAUGAGGCCAUCCUGCUUCUCUACCAAUGUGCAGGAAGGUCGCUGCUUUUACCUCUGACCACAAGAAUGCUGUUAAAAAAAAUGCUGUUCUGUGAUGAAGCUGAAAUGUCAGUGGAACAUGUGACUCACGGAAGAAAUGCACCGAUACAAUCCUGCUGUUUUUAGGUCAUAUUUGUGUUUCUGGAUAUACUGAAAUCCUGGUCACUACACACAGUAGUCAACGCAAUCACCACAUUUUAAGUUAGAAUGUCAAAAUUCAGAAAGUACAGUAAAUCAUUUACAAAUCUAACAAAACAUGUUUCAUUAUUACACAUUGAGUUUAGUUUGUGGUUAGUAGUGUAGUGAUUUGUAGUGAAUAAUGUUAUGCUGUCUGAAGAAUUGUAUUUUUUUUCUGUAACAAAUACAACACUUAUUUUAUAUCUCUAAUUUAUCAGUUUAAUGUAGGUGUUUAAUUAAGUUGUCCUUUUCAAUGUAAUGAACAUUCUGCUUAUCCUGAAUCCAGCUCAUCUCUACUACAUUUACACAUAAUGACAAAGUGUUAAAUAUGAGUCAUUUUAAAUCAGUUAUUACUCGUGUCCAUUGUUUCCCUUAAGACAAAGUUAUUUUUGCUGUGGACGAUUCAGGAUUUAUAGGCUUUUGUUUGGACUUCCUUCCUUAAAGCAGCGGUGCUGCAUGAACUGAAAUUUGGCACGAACCUUAAUUUACAUUUACGUACAAAAGUAAUGGUCGAACACCUUCAGAAACCUAGUCCACAUACUACAAACACAGUCUGCUCAAAGGAAAAUGUAAGUUCAAAAAUGAAAUAUGACCUUGAGAAAGGUCUAAUUACACAUGAGGAUAAUACCAUUA